AGAAAUAAUAUGUCCGGUAAUUUUUUGUUUGUAGACCUCUAUGUGUAUAGUUUUCAAUUUAUCGGUUUAGUUUGUUUAAAUGUAAUAACUUAUAAACAUAAUGGAUUUUACUCCAAGUUCUAUAGAAAAUGUAGAUUAAUUCACAUUUAUUAUUCAUCAUGGAAAAUUGUUGAAGUUAUCGUGUGCUUAACGUAAGUAAAUUUUUUGUUUCUACUCGUCACAAUUAUAUAUCAGCUAUCCUAAUUACUUCUUGGCUGUAAUAACCAACGUUUUGUCUUAUAAAGUAAAUGCCGAUGGAAUCGCCUGCUGCUUAACUACACCAUAUCCGAAAAAUUACGAGCCACCAACAAAAUUAUCUUUGCUAGAAGUAAAUAGAAAUAACUUUGGAUUCAUUAAAAAACUUGGACAAGGAAGCUUUGGUGAAGUAUGGUAUGGAGCGUGGAAUAAUCAAAUACCCGUAGCAAUAAAAAAAUUACUUGGGAAUGGUAAUAUGAAUCAUACGAAAUUUCUGAAUGAAGCUGAACUUAUGCACCGACUGAAUCAUCCGAAUGUAGUCAGAAUUUUGGCUGUAUGCACACUUCCUAUUAAUGAACCAACUUACAUUAUAAGUGAACUAAUGGAGAAUGGAUCGUUGAAACAGUAUAUGCAGAAGCUUAAUCCUGUAGAAAUCAGAAUGAAGAAUCUACUUGAAAUGAUGAAAGAUGUUGUCGGAGGAAUGGUGCAUUUGGAGGAACAGCAUUAUGUUCAUCGGGAUCUAAGAGCCAGCAACAUUUUAGUUGACAGUAAAAAUAGACUUAAGGUAGCAGAUUUCGGUUUGGCUCAUUUGCUUAGUGAUACAGACGAAUACAUUGGAACACUAGAAACCAAGUAUCCCGUUCGAUGGACAGCCCCAGAAGGGAUUUUAAAGCAAGCUUAUUCAACAAAAUCAGAUGUGUGGUCAUUUGGGAUACUGGUUCAUGAAAUAUUAACCUUCUGUGAAUUACCCUACAAAGAAUUCACUGUGAACGAAGUCAAAGUACGAGUGUGUUCAGGUUACAGAUUACCUCGUCCCUUAUUGAAAAUACCCUCUACAGAAACUCUCCUACCUGUAGAUGAUGGGUACGAGGUUCCCAAACGAAAAAGUGUGGAAACUUUUAUGUGUCCUAUCAAUAUUUACAACAAAUUGCUUGAAUGUUGGAAUAUUUCACCAGAUAAAAGGCCAUCAUUUAGUUCACUAUAUUCUUUUAUCGAGGAAUUAUUAGAAAAAGAAAUCAAGAAGGAUGUCAGCACAAACUAAAAACAGAUCACAUCUCAAAACGUCCUGUUUAACUGCUCAAAUAUAUCUUGCACAUGUUUUGUACUUAUUUUGUAAACCUGAAAAGAAACCGAAUCAUUGAUUUUUGUAAUUGUUUCAUUCCUCUAAAAAUAUAAAGGUCUUAAGGCAUCGCUA